UCAACCUUUACGCGUCACUGGACACCGCAGAAGAAAUACUCCGCCUCAAUCACAAGACAAACGUAAACUGGGAAGUUAAUUCCUCCUGAUUGUAUUCAUUUAACUUCAUCUUUUUCCUCAACAAAACCCAGAGACAACAAUGUUGCAUACAAUUGUUGAUCUGUCCGUUAGGGAUGUGAGAUUCCCGACUUCUUUGGAGCAACACGGCUCCGAUGCGAUGCACACCGACCCGGAUUAUUCUGCUGCGUAUGUGGUCAUCGAGACGGACUGCGGCUUGAAAGGCUUCGGCCUCACAUUCACUGUGGGGAGAGGCACGGAGAUUGUGGUGUGUGCUGUGAAGGCUCUGGCUGCACUGGUUGUUGGGAAAUCCUUGCAGGGGAUUGUGAGCGACUUCCGUGGAUUUUACCGCCUCCUGACCAGUGAUGGACAGCUGAGAUGGUUAGGCCCAGAGAAAGGAGUGAUCCAGCUGGCCACGGCUGCGGUCCUGAAUGCUGUGUGGGACCUGUGGGCGAGGGCAGAGGGCAAGCCGCUGUGGAAGCUGCUUACUGACAUGGAUCCGAGGCAGAUUAUCUCGUGUAUUGACUUCAGAUACAUCACUGACGCUCUUACCGAGGAGGAGGCUCUAGACAUACUCAUGAAAGCAAAGGAGGGCAAGCAGCUGAGAGAGAAGGAAAUGCUGAAAGAGGGUUAUCCUGCCUACACCACCUCCUGUGCAUGGCUCAACUACUCAGACCAGCGGCUGGAACAGCUCUGCACAGAUGCACUUAAAAGCGGUUGGACCAAAUUCAAGGUGAAAGUCGGCGCUGAUCUAGAGGACGACAUACGCAGGUGCCGCCUUAUAAGGCAAAUGAUUGGACCCAAAAACACUUUGAUGAUCGAUGCCAACCAGAGAUGGGACGUUGCCGAGGCCAUCAGCUGGGUGUCCAGCCUGGCUGAGUUCAAGCCUCUUUGGAUCGAGGAGCCCACGUCUCCGGAUGACAUCCUGGGUCACGCUGCUAUCUCCAAGGCUCUGGCUCCACUGGGGAUUGGAGUGGCAUCAGGAGAGCAGUGUCACAACAGGGUGAUGUUUAAGCAGUUCCUCCAGGCCUCUGCUCUGCAGUUUGUCCAGAUAGACAGCUGUCGGCUCGGCAGUGUCAACGAGAACCUGGCUGUGCUGCUGAUGGCCCACAAGUUCCAGGUGCCCGUCUGUCCUCACGCCGGAGGAGUCGGUCUCUGUGAACUCGUCCAGCAUCUGAUUCUGUUCGACUACAUCUGUGUGUCUGGAAGUCUCAGCAACCGAAUGUGUGAAUAUGUGGACCACCUGCACGAACACUUCACCAGUCCCGUGGUGAUUCAUGACGCCCACUACAUGCCUCCUAAGGAUCCAGGCUACUCUUGUGAGAUGCUGGAAUCAUCGGUGCAGCGACACCAGUACCCUGAAGGAGAUGUGUGGAAGCAGAAUACAAAGAAAUGAAGACUUUAUCUGAAACAUUUAACCUCCGGCUCUUUUUAGACCUAUAAAUAGUUUUGAGUCAAGUGGAGUGAGAAAUGGAACUAAUAAACUGUAGACGUAGACGUGUAGCACACUGUAAUGUUAAACUCCCCCUGUUGGGUCAUUAACAAUACUGUUCAAAUCCAGCUGACACAAGUUAAAAUUCUUUAUUUACAAAUGACAUAAUACAAUUUAUUUUUACACUUAUUAAAAUCAGAGAAAACACUUUUAUGUAAGAACUUAAUGUGGUUCACCGAAUGUGAAAUAAAUGAUUUGUAAGAUAAA